GAAUAAAAUGUCAACAACGGGAAAAUAAAUACUUAAAUAAAUACAAUUCUGAUUCUUGAAAAGUUCUUAAAUUAAUAAUAAAGAAAUAAAAUUACUAUACCUACCCAACCUAUCAACUCUCUCAAGCAAAAGAUAAUAAAAACAAUAUGUCAUUUUCUAAAAACGGGCGAUUUAUAGCACUUGUAAGUGGUCUUAUUGGAUUCAUAGGACUCACAAUGUAUCCAAUAGCUAUAAGUCCGAUGAUCGACUCCUCUGAAUACAAGAAAAUUCAAAAGGAGCUGAGAAAAAAUAUUGAUCAAGAAAAAAUUCAGCCAGGAAACAUGCCAGUGUGGUCAGAUCCUUUUAGCAGAAAGAAAUCUGAAACAUAAUAUUUAGUUGUAAUUGAAAUUUUAAGUUGUUAUUUUAUGUAUAAAAGAAUGUUGAUUGUAUUAUAGAUUUAUAUAGUAAUGUGGAUUUGUUUAAAUUUAUU